GAGGGAAACUCUUCGGCAACGCCCAUCAUCGGAGGCGCCCCCCCCAGACUGGCUCAAGGGUCUGAAAGGCAGCGCUAACGCAGCUUCUUCGGUCAGCACUUUAACCGUGCACUUUCUUUCGCAUUCAUUUCCUGGCCCCCCUGUUUCGUCCAGUUUCCUGAUGCUCGCUAUUGGGAAGGCGCAGUGCACCGCGUGCGCGGUGGCGUUUCCUUUGCAGAACGUGCCCGCCACGAGCGCCGAGGCGACGCAGGCGGGAGAUCGUGUUCAUCGCGUCUUCUCUAAGCACAACGCCUCGCGAAUGAGUACUCAUGCGCAGGGCGCGACGAGAGACUUCAGCGCCGUCGAGGUCCUCAACUUGGCCGACGCGGACAUCAACCUUGCAGCACUUCGUAACAGCUUUUCGGACGGGGCCCACGGGUACAUGGCUAGCUUUGUCACGGGGCUUGUCGCUCGUUUUUCGUUGGCGGGGUUCAAUGGCGUCGAGGUUCUGAAUCUGACUGCCGCGGACAGCGACAUCCAAAGCUGUGCUGGCGCGUUUCCUGCUGGGACCUUCGGGUAUGUGAUCAGCCGCGCCGGAAAAGUUGCUCGCUUCUCGUUGUUAGGGUUCAACCGCGUCGAUGUCAGCAACUUGGCCACCGCGGACGGCGAUUUCAAUUGCAGGAGUUUUGGAUUUACGGACGGAAACUACGGGUACGCGAUUUCGACGAACGGGAAAGUCGCUCGUUUUUCCUUGUCUGGGUUGGGCAACGUCGAGGACCUCAGCUUGGGCUACGCAGGGUAUUUCAGCGGCGGGUUUACAGAUGGGACUCACGGGUAUUUAACCCCUCUGUCGUUGAACCUAGCUGGAAGAGUUGUUCGUUUCUCAUUGUCUGGGUUCAACAAUGUCGAGGCCCUAGCGGUUGGGGUUCGCAUGUUUAAUGGCGGCUUCACGGACGGGCCCCACGGAUACUUGGCCCCGUGGUUCGAAGACGGCGGGCCACAUUCUGGAAAAGUCGUUCGUUUCUCGCUGUCAGGGUUCAACAGUGUCGAGACCCUCGACUUGGAAACCGGGGGCAGCGGGCUCAGGGGGUUCGGCGGCGGCUUUACAGACGGGACGCACGGCUACGUCGUUCCACAUCGUGACUUUUCAAAAGUUGUUCGUUUCCCGCUGUUUGGGUUCAACGCCAUUGAAGUCCUCAGCUUGGCCGACGAGGACGGCGAGCUCAGGGGAUUCUAUGGCGGUUUCGCAGACGGGACUUACGGGCACGUGAACCCGUAUUAUAGAAACAAAGAAUUAUUUGGUUUUGGAUAUUCUGGAAAGUUGGCACGAUUUGCAGUCGCUCCGCAUGCUGGGCCGACGCUUGCGCCGACGCCAACACCGACGCUCGCGCCGACGCCAGCGUCUGCAACGGGCGACCCGCAUCUGCAAAGCAUCUACGGUGAACGGUUUGAUUUGAGGAGGCCUGGCAAGGCCGUUUUGAUCCAGAUCCCGCGCGGAAAGGCCGGCGACGACGCGCUGCUCACCGUCAUGGCGGAUGCGCGCCAGUCGGGCGCACAUUGUGGGGAACUGCGGAUUUCUUUUCAGCGCCGAGGAGGUGAGCGGCGCGACUCUCCAGAUGCCCAGCUGGACGAAGCUUGGCCCUGUGGAGCUGAAGGUCGUGCGCGGCUGCGCGGACAAGGGUGUGAAAUACUUGAUUUUUUACGUCAAGCACCUCGGAAAUGCUGGCGCCGAUGUCGGAGGGCUGCUGGGUGAAGACGACUGCGCCGAUGCAGCGACUCCUUCAAAUGGAUGCCAACAGUUUAUUUCGUUGGGGAAGCGGACGACUUCGCAGGAGGACGCCUCUGAAGCUCUCGCGGGCUUCCAGUAGCCUAUCAGAGCACCGCGUGCAUAAUGUUACGACAUGUAGAUACCUUUCUGCCGGUGCCGCCAAUCCUGGCCGCGCGCGCGCCCUUCGCGCGUAGCGCAGCACAGCGCGCGCGCGAAACACGCAUAUAUAUUUAUAUUUAUAUAUAUGAUGGG